AAGCGCACGCAGUGGACCUUCGGCUCGCCGCCCCGCGCUUGGAACCAGCCACUGUCUCGGGCCCUCCGGCCCGAGGGCCUUUUCUGCCCGGGUCGUGUUUCCGAGCGGAUCGCGCGCCGUUGAGCGUGUCGGAGCCGAAGUGCCGAGGCCUUGGAAGAGUACGGGCGUGAGUAACCAUGGCCGAGCAGCGCCUGCCGGUACCUCGGCUCGAGGGCGUUUCGCGGGAGCAGUUCGUGCAGUGUCUCUACCCACAGAGAAAACCUCUUGUUUUGGAAGGAAUUGAUUUGGGAGCAUGUACAAGCAAAUGGACAGUGGAUUAUCUAAGCCAAGUUGGAGGGAAGAAAGAAGUAAAGAUUCAUGUUGCUGCAGUUGCACAGAUGGACUUCAUUAGUAAGAAUUUUGUAUAUAGAACUUUACCUUUUGACAAGUUGGUCCAGAGGGCAGCCGAAAAAAAGCAUCAAGAAUUCUUUAUAUCAGAGGAUGAGAAAUACUACUUACGGUCACUUGGAGAAGACCCUAGAAAGGAUGUUGCAGAUAUUAGAAAGCAGUUUCCUUUAUUGGAAGGAGAUAUUAAGUUUCCAAAGUUCUUCAAAGAGGAGCAGUUCUUUUCCAGUGUUUUUCGAAUUAGUUCGCCAGGAUUACAACUUUGGACUCACUAUGAUGUAAUGGAUAAUUUCUUAAUACAAGUGACAGGAAAAAAGCGUGUUGUAUUGUUCAGUCCUCGAGAUGCCCAAUAUUUAUAUUUAUCAGGUACUAAAUCAGAAGUGUUGAAUAUAGAUAACCCAGACUUGGCUAAAUAUCCACUCUUUUCCAAGGCGAGAAGGUAUGAAUGUUCCCUUGGAGCUGGUGAUGUAUUAUUCAUUCCCGCUUUAUGGUUCCAUAAUGUAAUUUCUGAAGAGUUUGGAGUGGGAGUGAAUGUCUUUUGGAAGCACCUUCCAUCUGAAUGCUAUGAUAAAACAGAUACCUAUGGAAACAAAGAUCCUAUAGCAGCAUCAAAAGCUGCACAGAUUUUGGACAGAGCCUUAAAAACACUGGCUGAAUUACCGGAAGAAUACAGGGACUUCUAUGCACGGCGAAUGGUCCUACACAUUCAAGACAAAGCUUUCAGCAAGAACUUUGAGUAAAUAAUGAAGUGAAUGCAGUGAUUGUAAACAUUUUAAUAAAAUUUAGCUCAAAUAUUAAAAAAAUAUA